GGGCCCGCCCGCGGGGCCGGCCGCCUGUCAGAGGGAGGUGGCGAUGGUGCGCCCGGUGGCGGCGGCGGUUGCGGAGGCUUCCUUGGUCGGAUUGCAGCGAGCAGAAGAUGACUGACCAACCGACUGGCUGAAUGAAUGAAUGGCGGAGCCGAGCGCGCCAUGAGGAGCCUGCCGAGCCUGGGCGGCCUCGCCCUGUUGUGCUGCGCCGCCGCCGCCGCCGCCGCCUCAGCCGCCUCGGCGGGGAAUGUCACCGGUGGCGGCGGGGCCGCGGGGCAGGUGGACGCAUCGCCGGGCCCCGGGCUGCGGGGAGAGCCCAGCCACUCUUUCCCUAGGGCGACGGCUCCCACGGCCCAGGCCUCGAGGACCGGGCCCCCGCGCCCCACUGUCCACAGACCCCUGGCUGCGACUUCUCCAGCCCGGUCUCUGGAGACCACCCCUCCUCGGGCGACGGCCGGACUCGCCUCCACCACCUUUCAGACGCCGCUCGGCCCUUCGCAGACCACCCCUCUGGCGGCGGAACGCACUUCGACCACCUCUCAGGUGCGGACCAGAUCCGCGCCAACCACCCUUUCGUCGACCACUGGCCUGGCGCCGACCACCCCUGUAGCGAUCACCAUCCCGGCGCCCACCACUCCCCGGACCCCGACCCCCGUUCUCCCCGGCAGCAGUAGCAGCGGCAGCGGCAUCCUCCCCACCCCACCUGCCACCGAGGCCCCCUCUUCGCCUCUUCCAGAAUAUGUAUGUAACUGCUCUGUGAUUGGAAGCCUGGAUGUGAAUCGCUGCAACCAGACCACAGGACAGUGUGAGUGUCAGCCAGGUUAUCAGGGGCUUCACUGUGAAACCUGCAAAGAGGGCUUUUACCCAAAUUACACUUCUGGACUCUGUCAGCCAUGUGACUGUAGUCCACAUGGAACUCUCAGCAUACUGUGCAACAGUUCUGGGAAAUGCCAGUGCAAAGUGGGUGUCAUUGGCUCUACAUGUGACCGAUGCCAAGAUGGUUAUUAUGGCUUUAGUAAGAAUGGCUGCUUGCCCUGCCAAUGCAAUAAUCGAUCUGCCAGUUGUGAUGCCCUCACAGGUGCUUGUUUAAACUGCCAGGAAAAUAGCAAAGGAAAUCACUGUGAAGAAUGUAAAGAAGGAUUUUAUCAGAGUCCUGAUGCCACUAAAGAAUGUCUUCGCUGCCCUUGUUCAGCAGUGACAUCUACAGGCAGUUGUUCAAUAAAAUCGAAUGAAUCGGAACCUGAAUGUGACCAGUGUAACGAUGGUUACAUAGGCCCGAACUGCAAUACAUGUGAAAAUGGCUAUUACAAUUUUGACAGCAUCUGUAGAAAGUGCCAAUGUCAUGGCCACGUGGACCCAGUUAAAACUCCAAAGAUUUGCAAGCCCGAGAGUGGCGAGUGCAUCAGCUGCCUCCAUAACACCACUGGGUUUUGGUGUGAGAACUGCCUAGAAGGUUAUGUUCAAGACCUCGAGGGAAAUUGCAUCAAGAAAGAAGUUAUUGUUCCAACACCUGAAGGUUCUACCAUUUUGGUUUCCAAUGCCUCUUUGACCACAUCAGUGCCCAUCCCUGUCAUAAAUAGUACUUUUACCCCUACAACCCUGCAGACUGUCCUUUCAGUAAGCACUUCUGAAAACAGCACUUCAGCUUUAGCUGAUGUAUCAUGGACCCAAUUUAACAUCAUCAUUUUGAUAGUCAUCAUCAUCAUUGUUGUGGUGCUGCUAAUGGGAUUUGUGGGGGCUGUGUAUAUGUACCGUGAGUACCAAAACCGGAAUCUCAAUGCCCCCUUUUGGACCAUCGAGCUGAAAGAAGACAAUAUCAGUUUCAGCAGCUACCAUGACAGCAUUCCCAAUGCAGAUGUGUCGGGGUUGUUGGAAGAUGAUGUCAAUGAAGUGGCUCCCAAUGGGCAGCUGACCCUGACGACUCCCAUACAUAACUACAAAGCCUAGGGAGCUAGAACUGUUCUCCUGAAUUGUUAAACCACAGUGCUUACUAAGACAGCAUCAGCCCAUGGGCCAGACAAAGGCUGGCUAGAGUUUGCUGAGAAAGCAAAGGCAAAUAGUACAUCUGAAAUUUUCAGGUACAAAUUUGUAAUGUGCUUAGCCUAUCUAUUGCUCUUAGUUUUUCCAUGAAGAUCUGAAACGUUCACUGUCAUUAGGACUUGAAGUAAAGUAUAUUUUUGUACGAAACCACAUGGGAGUAUGGAAAGGCUGAACACCACAGUGCAGCCCAAAUCCACUUUGACCUCCAGAUAGACUCCUGGGGAAGUGUUCACCAAGCCAGUGGUAACAAGAUGAUGGAUGUGAAGGGGGAAAGGACUGCUGGAAGACUUCAUCUCCAUUCCUGAAACAUUUUUCUUUAAAAAGCAGGGAUGAUAUUCAUUUUGCUAUACAAAAGGACAUCAUUGAGGAAAACCUGGUUUCCAGACUGUUAUCACAAUAAUCUUGAUUGUUUCUAGAAUAGGGGUAGAAAAGUCCCAAGAUCUUCUGAAGGGCUUGGUUUUUCCUCCCAGGAUUCUUGCUCAGUGGUGAGAUAAAAGCACAGGAUGAGCUUCUAAUGGAGGAAGGCAGCACUGGGGAGCAGGAGGCUGAUGGUCCUCCUCAGGGUCUCAGUGUAAAUGAUAAAUUGUCUGAAAAUAAGGAAUAUUCCUGCCUCUAGAAAAAUAAGUUGUACAUAGUUAAUGUAGCAUAUCUGGUCAAUGUUGUAUUUGUAUCUAUUUGUAAAAAAAAUCAUGUCAUAUUUUAUCAUCUGGAAUUUAUUUGUACAGCAGUUAAUGGUGUUGUAAAAAGAAAAUAUGGGGAUUGCUUAAAAUACUGUAAAAUAGAUGGCAAUAUUGCUAGAGCUGGGACUCUGGUGAGCAUCAGUCAUUUUUAGUCCCUCUUGAGGACAUUGCUGAAAUUUAUAAGAGGUCAAAUGUUUCCUUCUUUCUUUUCUCAGUCUAAAAGUAGAGUUAUAUGCUCUUUGACUUACUAUGAUUCAAGCAAUAGAUUUUAAAGUCAAUAGUCAUUAAGCUGGGAUAUAGGAUGCAUUCUCCAAAAACACUCAUCUAAUUAGAUACUAGCCACCCUAUAUAUUUUACAUAGAUUAAUAUAAAACAUAUCCUCAUUAAAACAUGUUUUUCCUGAAUGUAAAAGAUAGUCUUCCAAAGGAUAGAAAUAUUUUAGUUCCAAGAGAAAAGCCAUCAUAUUACUUGGGAUCUGUAGUUUUUCAUGCCUGUGAAAUAUUUAUAAUCCCACCCUCACUCCAAAUAAAAAGUCUCCUACAUGUGAACACAGCCUGUCCCUCAUUUGCCAUGAGGUAUGUGCUGUCUCCCUGCAGUGCUAUAGUUUUCCCAUUGUCUUCCUGUCUGGUUAGAGGGUAGCUCUGUAGAUGGGUGUGUAUAGUUAGUUCUUGCUUUUGAUGCAGUUUUUUCCUAGAGGCCAACUACUGUUGCUCUCGUUUAUGAUAUUGACAUUUUGGGUUAAGCAAGCUGGGUGGGAAAGGUGGUCAGAUGUCAAAUAUAACGUAUUAGGAGGAACAGUGAACUGUGAAGUGGUUAGAAAAAAAAUGAAGGCUUCUUAUUAGAUUAGGCCUAGGAAUUCCAAGCUGACCCCUUUGCCUAACUUCCCUAGAGAAAAACCUAGAACUUGGUCAUCUCUUUAUAGGAGACCCCUAAGUUGUUCUCAGGGUUUGGAGAUGAUGUUCUGGAGGAUAGACAUGCAAAUAAUCUACUUCUGGUAACCCGAGGGUGCUUUGCGUAUUUGGCCAUUGCUCACAAGAGUAGAGGUUACAUUAUGCGAAAAUUAUUUAGUAUUUCUAUAGCCCUUUGUAGUUUGCAAAGCACUUUUCCAUAUGUGUGUUCUCUCUUCCUCACCAUAGCCCCCUGAGGAAGUAAUUGCUGUCUCCAUUUUAUAGUCAAAAAGACUGAGGCACAAAGGAGCUAAAUGUCUUGUUCAAGGCUAUGUAAUGUGUGUCAUGAUUAGGCUUGGAAUCAGGACUCCUAACACUAAAGCACAUGUUUUUGCAACUAUAUGCAGAAAUUGCCUAGCCAUGGACACAAGAAAGCUGGGAGGAAGAGUUCUACUUGUGGAUGUUUUUAAUUUUUUGUAAAUGUGAGGAGCAAUCCAGGUCCAUACAGCUAUGAAGCACUUAGUGAAAAGAACACGGGAAGAUGACUAUCUGAAGCUGGUAUUAGUGAUUAGAAAACAAAACUGACAGUUUGUGCUUCAUUAAAGUGAACUCAUCUCUCCAAGCAGGGAGGGAAAACUUGCUUUCCCCAGCAGUUGCUGCAUAUGUGAGUACAGACUCUGCACUGCACAAUUCUAAGAAAUUGUGCAAAAUGGCAUACCCGACUUUCUCCCAGAUACACUGCCCCUGCCCCCCGCAAAAAAAAAAAAAAAAGGUCAGGAUUAAAGGUAGCGAGAAGAGAACAUUUAUUAAACAGAAGUUAAACCAAUAGAGAAAGGAGGUUUAUUGGAGUCUAAGAGGAUUUUGACCAUGCAGAAAUUCCUUGAAACAGACCUUAAAAGGUAUUGAAAAAUUGAAUUACAAAGAAAGUUUACCUUAUACUUGUUAAUGGCUCCUAGGUCAUGGUUGUAAUUUUUCCCAAUGGAAAAAAAAAUGUCUUAAAAUUUGUUUUAAAUAAUAUCCUCUAAUGUCACCAGCUUUUUGCUUCUGGAAAUAAUUUGCUUUAAAAUGUAAAUCAAUUGCAAAGUGAUCUACCACUGAAAUCAGUCUAGGAAACUAGUAUGGAAUGCACUGCACAGUGUUCUUUCUUCUAAAGGCAUGAGCCCUUUAAAUUGUGGCAUCCAGCAGCAGGAUGCCAUCAGUCCUUUAGAAGGCCUAACAUUGGGAGAGUGUUUGUGUAAGGAUUGAAAAUGUGUUUAUUUUUAAAUAAGAUAACACUCAUGUGAAUCUUAUUUGGAAAUGACAGAUACUGCUUUUAAGUGAUACUUUUAUCUUCUUUAAUUUAUUUUAGUAAGCGCUUAUGCAUUUCUGAUGGUUAGGUGCCCUAGGUGUAGUGUUAAGUAUGUCCUUGUCCUCCCUUACUCCUCUUUCACUCCCUCUAUGCUCUUUCCCCCCAGGGUUCUUUUAUUAACAGAAUUUCUCCAGUUAUAGAGAAAAAAAUGACAUUUGAAAACUAAAGCUCAUUUAUAUUAAUACUAAGGUCCUGUGGGCCUAGUGCAUUACUCUUCCCAGUGAUACCUAGAUUUUAAGAGUAGAGAACAGAGGAAACAUGGGAAGAGAGGAGAGAGUUUUUUUAGACAAGAUUUGUAGAUGCCUCAAAUUAUAUUGCUAUUCUCUAGUGCCAAUAUUCCCAGGUAAAUUGACCAUUAAAGCAAUACUCAUUAAAGCAAUGGUCAGCUGAGUGCCAUCAGGAUGUUUAGCCCGUUAAGUGCUGUUUUGGAAGCAGAGAACUAAAGCAACAAUACUUCCUCUUGACAGCUUUGAUUGGAAUGGGGUUAUUAGAUCAUUCACCUUGGUCCUAUACUUUUCAGGGCACUUGGUGAAUAUUACACCACGUAUAAUGAACAUCCUGGUUCCUAUAUUUUGGGCUAUGUGGAUAGGAGUUGAAUUUCCACAUCUCAAGGCAAGCUCUCUAACAAAAAGUUCAGAGAAGUAAAAAGUAGCCCCGUGUAACCUAUUAUAGCAAGUAAAGCAUUUCUGGCUUCAUCCAAAAAGAACCUUUGGUCUGUUACAGUCUUCUUGAUAGGAAGGAGUUUGGGAGCUAAAAUGAAUCUGGUGUGUGUGGAGGAGUAAGGGAAGGUUAGUGCAUUUUUCUGUUUAACCCUGAGCGAGUGCCUAUGCCAAGGGGAAAGGCAGGAAGUAUACACUGAUACAUCAGAAGAAGUCAAAUAAUAUCAAACGGACUAAAGGUUAUGGAUCGUUAAAAUGUCAGUGGUUGAAUGAUGUUUGUUCAAAGGCAAUUUGGGAAUCUUUGUUGUUACUUUUGCAUAUGCAAUAACUGCAGCAGCAGCCCUAGAAAGUGAGGCCAGGGCUUCAGAUCUAAGUCAGUCCAAAAGCUAAAUGAUUUAAAGUCAAGUUUUAAUUCUAGGCACAAGCACUCUAUAAUACAUUAAAUUAGAGCCUGAGCAAUUAGGGAAUGUUACUGAAACAUUAAACUUGUAUUUAUGUCACUAAAAUCCUAACACAAAUUUUAAAAACGUGUCUGAUACAUAUGCUGUACUAGGCUUCAUCAUGCAUUUCUAAAUUUGUGUAUGAUUUGAAUAUAUGAAAGAAUUUAUACAAGAGUGUUAUUUAAAAUUAUUAAAAAUAAAUGUAUAUAAUUUGUACCUAUUGUA